UGAAGGCAACGAGCGCAUUUAUAAAAAUGGUAGACCUCAGCGAUUGAUCUCUGUGUAUGAAACAGAGAAAUAUAAACACAAAAAUGGAAGUUAUAAUCCAUGUCAAGUGUAAUUGACAAAUACGAACACUAAUACAAAAAAGCAGUUAAUAAAAAGCUUCUGAUUCCAUUAUUGGCGGGAAAAUUCCAACAGCAAUUAAAAAUUCAUCAGUGUUGUUGGAGCUAUGGCGGAAGUGACAUCAUCACAUGAACCGGCAACUUUCGGCACUCAAGCUGAUGCGUUGCUUAGAAAAAACUUGACUUAUCAGAAACGAAAUGUCAAGGCGAAUUGCCGGCUCAUAUUCUUUCCGUUUAUCUUCUGCAUCAUACUAGCCCUUACUCAAGAGUUGCUUGACAAAGAAUUGAACAAGGCUAGUAAUAAGUGUGGUUGUGUUGAUAUUGAUACGGAUGGGGAUGGAAGAUUGGAGAAAGUUUGUGGUUUGCAAUACUCGACACUUGAUCAAGUAGCCACUUGUGCUAUUCCGAGCCCUCCGCAGUGGCCUCCUCUGUUACAAGUUCCAGCUCCUGAAUACCGUGCAGUCAGAUCCGAUGUUUUUCCAUCUGCAGACUUGCCAAAUGAUUCAUGCAGGCGUACAGGGUCAUGCCCUGCAAUUAUACUCGUCACUGGGAAUAAUCAAUCACUUGGAGAAGCUUUGGCUGUGAAUAUGUUUCCAAGCUCCUUUAAUCUAAAUUCUUCCAGUGCUAUGGACAAUGUAGUGCUGGGUUCAGAUUCAGAACCAGAAAAUAAUAAUUUUCUUGAUUCAGCUUUCCUUGAGAAUUCUCCUAUUUAUAAUGUUCAGCGUCAAUGCACACCAAACUCCACGUUCUCUGUUUCUGUGCAGUCAGUCAUUGAAUUUCAAAAAGAGGUAGCAUGCGUUCAAGGUGUAAACUUGUGGCGCAAUAGUUCUUCUGAGGUGAAUGAAGAACUAUACAAAGGAUAUCGUAGAGGGAACUCAGAAGAGAAGAUCAAUGAGAUACUUGCAGCCUAUGAUUUGUUAAACUCGGACAGGAUAAAAUUUAAUGUGAGUGUAUGGUAUAAUUCAACCUACAAGGAAAAUGAUUUUGGUGGCAUAUUCAACAUUAUACGGGUUCCAAGAGCAGUGAAUUUGGUGUCAAAUGCCUAUCUACAGUUUUUCCAAGGGACUGGUACAAAAAUGUUAUUUGAGUUUGUCAAAGAAAUGCCUAAAGCUGCCAGCAAGAUUAAUGUGGAUCUUGCAUCUCUUCUUGGAACUCUCUUUUUCACAUGGGUUGUUCUACAACUGUUCCCUGUGGUGCUGACAUCAUUGGUAUAUGAGAAACAGCAAAAGCUGAGAAUCAUGAUGAAAAUGCAUGGACUUGGCGAUGGACCUUACUGGAUUAUUUCUUAUGCAUAUUUUCUUUCCAUAUCUUUGAUGUACAUGCUGGUUUUUGUGAUUUUUGGCUCACUACUAGGGUUGAAAUUCUUCACGCUGAAUGACUACUCUAUACAAUUUGUCUUUUAUUUCCUAUACAUAAACCUGCAAAUUUCUGUCGCCUUUCUUGUUGCUGCUUUGUUUUCAAAUGUCAAGACUGCUACAGUUGUGUCAUACAUAUGUAUAUUUGGAACUGGGCUCUUGGGCGGAUUUCUUUUCGAAAAUUUUGUUGAAGAUUCAUCAUUCCCAAGAGGCUGGAUAGUUGUAUUGGAGUUGUAUCCUGGUUUCUCUCUAUAUCGCGGGUUAUAUGAGUUCUCAGAGUAUGCUUUCUCAGGGAAUGCAAUGGGGAAAGAUGGGAUGCGGUGGGGAGAUCUGAGUGAUAGCAAAAAUGGAAUGAAAGAGGUCAUCAUUAUCAUGUUUCUUGAGUGGUUACUGGGAAUUUUUGUUGCAUAUUAUGUAGAUCAGGUUUCAUCAUCUGGAAGUGGAAAAAGUCCUCUAUUUUUCUUGCAAAGCUUUCGGAAGAAACACACAACAUCCUUUAGAAGGCCAAGUUUGAAAAGGCAGGGAUCUAAAGUUUUGGCUGAUAUAGAUAAACCUGACGUCAUUCAGGAGAGGGAGAGGGUUGAACAGCUACUGCUUGAGCCCAGCACAACUCAUGCUAUAGUCUGUGACAACCUAAGAAAGGUGUACCCAGGAAGGGAUGGAAACCCUGAGAAACUAGCAGUAAGAGGAUUGUCUCUUGCUUUGCCUCCAGGAGAGUGCUUUGGUAUGCUUGGUCCUAAUGGUGCAGGGAAGACCUCUUUUAUCAGUAUGAUGAUUGGCCUCACAAAGCCAACCUCUGGAGCAGCAUAUGUUCAGGGUUUGGACAUAGGGACUCAUAUGAAUUGGAUAUAUACUAGUAUGGGUGUAUGCCCUCAACACGACCUGCUAUGGGAGACUUUAACAGGAAGGGAGCACUUACUAUUUUAUGGAAGACUUAAGAACUUAAAAGGCACUGCCUUGACUCAAGCUGUGGAAGAAUCUCUCAGGAGUGUCAACCUGUUUAAUGGUGGGGUUGCAGAUAAACAUGCUGGGAAAUAUAGCGGAGGUAUGAAGAGGAGGCUUAGUGUUGCAAUAUCUUUGAUUGGGGAUCCCAAGGUUGUUUAUAUGGACGAACCCAGUACUGGACUAGAUCCUGCUUCAAGAAGCAAUUUGUGGAACGUAGUGAAGCGUGCAAAACAAGACCGUGCAAUCAUUCUCACAACACAUUCAAUGGAAGAAGCAGAUGCCUUGUGUGAUCGAUUAGGAGUUUUUGUUGAUGGCAGCUUGCAGUGCAUAGGAAAUCCAAAGGAGCUGAAGGCUAGAUAUGGAGGCUCUUACGUGUUCACAAUGACAACAUCUUCGGAUUACGAGCAAGAGGUGGUAAACAUGGUGCAAAAACUCUCCCCUAAUGCUGAAAGGAUAUAUCACACUUCAGGAACCCAGAAAUUUGAAAUGCCAAAACACGAGGUCAAAAUUGCAGAUGUAUUCCAUGCAGUUGAGACGGCAAAAAGCAGAUUCUCAGUUUUCGCUUGGGGUCUAUCCGAUACCACCUUGGAAGAUGUUUUCAUUAAGGUGGCCAAUACCGCCCAGCCAUUUUCACUACUUACAUGAAUCUUGGUAACAGCAAUCUUGGAAUCCAGCUUUUUAUCUUGAGGUAGGCAUGCAGUUGACCAUUUUCGCCUAGUAGCAGCUGCAUUAAUUACUGUAAAUUCCGAUUUGUAUGUAUCCAUAAACUUUAAUGUAUAUAUUUAAUGUAAUAAUUUAAAUUUUGAUUGGUCUGCUCA